AUGUCAGCCCAACGGCAGGCAUCGUCUGCCUCGCAGACCCCACAUCUAUCGCCCGCAGAGCUUUCCUACCUGUACACCUCUCUCGCCCUCCCCAACAGCCCAAUCCGACCAGACGGCCGCUCACCAACCCAAUUCCGACCCCUGACCGCAGAAACAGACAUUCUCCCCGGCACGAACGGCAGCGCGCGGAUCGGGUUCGCAGACGGCACGCAAGCCAUCGUCGGUGUGAAGGCCGAGGUGGAAAAAACGGUCCUGGCUGCCGAUGCGCAACAGCUGCAGGAUGACUUGACAGGGGCUGAAGACGGGGAAGGGAAAGAUGCGGGGUCGGGGGCCACGGCUGGUCAUGGAUCGUGGGUGCAGAUGUCGAUUGAGAUUCCGGGGUUUCGCGAUGAUGAUGCCUUGCCGGUUUUUUUGUCGGAGAUGAUGCGUGAGCCCUUGGUUGGGUCUGUGUCGGAUGGGGGGCAGAAGGAUGGUAGGAUGGCUGGGGGGUUGAAGGGGAGGUUGGUGAUUAAUCGUCGUUGGCAUUGGAGGUUGUAUAUUGAUGUUCUCCUCCUUUCCCAGCCUCUAUCUUACCCCCUCCCAUUGCUUUCCCUCACAACCCACCUCGCCCUCUUGUCGACAAAGCUCCCCAAACUCCGAUCCCAAGGCGAAGAAGACCCCUUCUUCGACGACGACUGGGGCGUCGCUGAAUACCUCUACCCGCGCACCCAACACGGUCUCGGCGCAAACCCCCACCUGUCGCAACAUGUCCGACCGCCCGUGACCCUUCUCGUGAUUUCCGUCGGCGAAAACAUCAUCUUCGACCCCAACCGCGAGGAAAUCGCCGUGGCAGACGCCGUCCUCGCCAUCUCCGUCACCCGCGACAGCGAAGCUAAUGGCUUGAAACUGCUCUCUAUCCGAACCGUCGAUCCCCCGUCUCGUCUCACGCAGCCAGGCGUUCCUAACUCGGAGAAUGCGGCUACGCUGAACACUACCUCUGAUGGGACGCAGGUGAUGAAUUCGACUAGUGAGGAGGACGUUGCGGGUGUGUGGAGGCCGCGACGUGGCGGUGUGAAGAGAACUACGAUGGCGAGGAUGGUGAAGAUGGUUCUCCGGAGUGGAGGUGUUGGUGAGGAGGUUCUGGAGGGUCUGGAGGGUGUUCGAGUUGGUUGA